AUGAGCGCCAAGCAGCGUAUGAAGAUCCAGAAUGAGCGUGCUCAUAGCAAUAUUACUAACCGCGGAAAUGUGCCUAAGUCACUGAAAUCAAACGAUGAUCAGUCGAAUCUGAAUGCCUGGGUCCUCGGGCUCAUCGUGUUCGUUGUUUGUGGUUCAGCCGUUUUCGAAAUCAUCCAACACAUAAGAAUGGCUUUCUAA